CGCAGGUCGACAUGGAUUGGUGCCUGUUGGUUUGUUUGAUUUUUCUGGCGCAUUUGAGAGUUUUCAGAGGACAAAUCUCGGAGUGCAGUCAUGACCAGUGGCAGUGUGACGAUGGAUGGUGUAUCCCUGCUAUUUGGAGAUGUGAUGGAGAUGGAGAUUGUCUGGAUGGAUCAGAUGAAGUGGAUUGCACUGGACUCCGAGGCUCUGAUUGUCCACCAGGUCAGUUUCCUUGUGUGGACUCUGUUGGCUGUGUUAAAGCAUCGGCCCGCUGCGAUGGACAAAAACAAUGUCCCACUGGCUCCGAUGAGGAGAACUGUCCAGUCACAGAGGGCUGCCUGGACUCUGACUGGACAUGUCAAAACCACAUCUGUAUCUCUAAAGAGCUGAGGUGCAAUGGAGUAGAUGACUGCGUGGACAACUCUGAUGAAAAGGACUGUGGUCUGUGCAGUGAGGGCAGCAUACGGUGUCCUGAGGGGACAUGUCUACCUGCUGAGGAGCAGUGUGAUGGCACGUUUCACUGUUCUGAUGAAAGCGACGAGCCCAUAACCUGCGGGCGUGUCUGCCUUAUGGACAAUGGUGGAUGCAGCCAUGUCUGCACUGAUGAACCCAGGGGAGUUCUGUGUUCUUGUCCUGCUGGAUAUAAGCUGUCUCCCAAUGGAACAGACUGUGAAGAUUUGGAUGAAUGUGCUCCACCUUUCGACUCCUGUGCUCAUCACUGCAGUAACACCAUCGGUUCUUACUAUUGCUACUGCAGAGAGGGAUUCAAACUAAAUGAAAACUCAACAUGUGUGGCUUCAGCUAAUCCUGUCCGAUUGCUGCUGGUUGGUGGGACAGCUUUAGGAUUAUUGAAUGUGAAAUCUCAACAGUUUGAAAUUAUUCAGAGUUCAACAUUUGACUCUGUGGCCUUGGCGUUUGAUGUUGCGCGGGGGUGGUACUACUGGGCUGACAGCCGUGGCAACAUUUACAAAAGUGAUGGACAGCAAAGCUGGACAGCCUAUACUGGAGAGCCUGGAAUCAAAGGUUUAGCUUGUGACUGGCUCAAUGGGAAUCUGUUCUGGACCAAUGAGAAGACGGAGUCCAUCUACCUGCAGAGUUCUGAUGGAAAAAGUUACACUGCUCUGCUCAGCAAAAACAUCAGGCCCUCAGAGCUGGUCGUUAUGCCUGUAGAAAGCUUGAUGUUCUGGAUCAAUACGGGUCCAGGUGACAGGGCGACAAUAGAAAAGUCUUGGAUGGAUGCCUCAGAAAGAAGAUCUCUGGCGGUCAUCACUGCUCAGUCUGCCCACAGCCUCACUGCUGAUGUAGCUGCCAGACGGCUGUACUGGAUCAGUGACUUUAAGAGGUCCAUAGAGACUGUGAAGGUGGAUGGGAGUGGCCGUUACUCCUACACAGGACUGUUCAGCAGGAGAGCACCACUGAGCCUUGCUGUGUUUGAAAGUUCAUUUUAUUGGGUUGAUAACAAAGGACUCUGGCAGGCUCCACAGACUCAACUGAGCCAGAGAAAAUUUAUAUGGGAACCCACACUGCCAGUAUUAGCUGUUUACCAUGAGCUGCAGCAGCCUCAAGGUUAUUCUGCAUGUGCAAAAACACCCUGUCGCCUCUGCCAGCUAACUAAAGGCAACCCUCUUGGAUUCACCUGCUCUUGUCCAAACCUCAAAUUGCUGCUGCUGGAUGGGACAUGUGAAAAUCCACGGUUUCUCUAUGCUACAAAUACGGAAAUCAUCUUGUUGGAGUUGGAAGAAAAAGGGUUUACUGAAAGCCAGCUGUUCACCACCAAUGAGGGGAUCCUCUCUUUUGAGAUUGACUGGGACAGAGACUGGCUUUACUGGGCAAACCAAACUGGCCACAUUCAACGCAUCAGUUUAACGGAGGUCACCACUGAGCUGGUCCCAACACCUUUGCCAGUUUGUCUGCUAAAUGUGGACCAGAGGAGCGGAAGCCUUUAUUGGGUGUCAUGUCAUCGAAACACCAUCGGAACAAUCACAGCAGACGGCUACUACCCAAAGCAGCUUUACUACACGACAAAGGAGAUUAAAAACUUGUAUCUGGACUGGCUGCGGGGUACUAUCAUCUGGCUAGAAGAAGAUCGAAUUCUCAGCAUGAGCAUGUUGGGCGGUGACGCUAAAGAGCUGCUGCACAUAGCUGAAGGAGUGAGUGGGGGCAUCGCUUUUGACCUCAGGGCUAAUAGUCUGCUGUGGAACUCAAAAAUGGCAGGCUUAACAACAUUAAGUUUGCUGCGAGAGAGAAGCCACCAAGCUGGAAGAAGAUGGAAGAUUUCAGGCUCAGUCGUAGCUGCCCUCGAGCCCUUUCUCUUGUCAGUUUCAGACAACGUAAUGACUCUGUGGGAUCAGCGUGAUGGGAGCCCCAUUCAAGAUGCAGCUGUGACGGGUCAUGUGAUCAGAGUAAUCACUGCUCUCAUAGAUAUCCAGACAGUUCAGACCUGUAGGAAACCAUCGUUUUUGUGCAGACACUCGUCAGUCUGCCUCUCAGAAGCUCAGCUGUGUGACGGGAAAAAGGACUGCCCGGACGGGGAUGACGAGUUUUGUCCUGGGGCUUGUCUGUCUAUAGGGGAGUUCGAAUGCCAGGACCGGAGCAGUUGCAUUUCCAGACGUCUUGUGUGUGAUGGUCGGUCUGAUUGUACUGAUGGCUCGGAUGAGGCUGAUUGUCCGAAUGCAGCUCCUCGUACAAGUCGGGCAAAUGUGAUGAAAUGUCGCAGAGGCUCAAAGCCAUGUGAAGAUGGCAAAGACUGUGUUUUAUAUAGUCACGUGUGUGAUGGAGAGGACGACUGUGAGGAUGGAUCAGAUGAACUGGGCUGCGAUGCCCUGCAACAGAACAUGACUACCACAAAAACUAAUAAGGACCAAUCAAACAAAACUCCAGGUUCUACCACUCAUUCUCCUCGAACUCUCCUGGCCUGCACCAGUCCCUCUGUCCUCUGUCCUUCUUCUGCUUACCUCUGCAUAUCUCCAGACCAGUUCUGCAAUGGGCAUAGUGACUGCCCUGACGGCUUUGACGAAAAGAACUGCGUAAAAAGUUGCCCCUCGAAAAAUGACUUUCUCUGCAAAGACCGAAGGAGCUGUAUCUCCAAGAGUCUGGUUUGUGAUGGACUCUUUCAGUGCCAGGAUGGAUCAGAUGAGCUGAACUGUCCAAGUGUGGCCGCUCCUGCAGAUCAAGAUGUGCUGCAGUGCCACAGAAACGCAAAGAUGUGUAAUGAUGGCACAGAGUGUGUUUUACUCAGCCACGUAUGUGAUGGAGAAAAAGACUGCAUGGAUGGAUCUGAUGAAGAAGGAUGUCCAGGAAUUUGCAAAAAAGGUGAGUUUCAGUGUGCCCAUGGGAAAAUGUGCAUCCCCGAGGCUCAGGUGUGCGAUGGGAGGUUGCAGUGUCGGGACCAUUCAGAUGAAGCUGACUGCCAGAAACCGAUCAAGAGCUGUGAGCAUCGCUGUGCUGACGGGAAGCGCUGCAUCCCAAAGAAGUUCCUGUGUGAUGGAGAAAAAGACUGUGUGGAUGGCUCAGAUGAAGUGGGCUGCAAUCAGGCUGCUGCUCCAUCAUCAGAGUCUCCUGUCUUCACUGCAUCACCUUGCGUUGCUCCUUCAGUUCUCUGCCCUGGAUCAUCACUGUGUAUCUCUCAAAAUCAGCUCUGUGAUGGACAGAGAGACUGCCCCGAUGGAUCUGAUGAGAAUGACUGUGCGGUCCAGUGUGUAAACCCAACUGACUUUCUCUGCAAGGACCAUAUGGGCUGUGUCUCCAAGAGUCUGGUCUGUGAUGGACGCCGUCAUUGCCAGGAUGGAUCAGAUGAGCUGAACUGUCCGAGUGUGACCGCUCCUGCAGCUAAAGAUGAUGUGCUGCAGUGCCAUAGGAAUGCAAAGCCGUGUAGUGAUGGCACAGAGUGUGUUUUACUCAGCCACGUAUGUGAUGGAGAAAAACACUGCAUGGAUGGAUCUGAUGAGAAUGACUGUGCAGUUCAGUGUGUAAACCCAACUGACUUCCUCUGCAAGGACCAUAUGGGCUGUGUCUCCAAGAGUCUGGUCUGUGAUGGACGCCGUCAUUGCCAGGAUGGAUCAGAUGAGCUGAACUGUCCGAGUGCGGCCGCUCCUGCAGCUAAAGAUGUGCUGCAGUGCCACAGGAACGCAAAGAUGUGCAGCGAUGGCACAGAGUGUGUUUUACUCAGCCACGUAUGUGAUGGAGAAAAAGACUGCAUGGAUGGAUCUGAUGAAGAAGGAUGUCCAGGAAUUUGCAAAAAAGGUGAGUUUCAGUGUGCCCAUGGGAAAAUGUGCAUCCCCGAGGCUCAGGUGUGCGAUGGGAGGUUGCAGUGUCGGGACCAUUCAGAUGAAGCUGACUGCCAGAAACCGAUCAAGAGCUGUGACCAUCGUUGUGCUGACGGGAAGCGCUGCAUCCCAAAGAAGUUCCUGUGUGAUGGAGAAAAAGACUGUGUGGAUGGCUCAGAUGAAGUGAGCUGCAAUCAGGCUGCUGCUCCAUCAUCAGAGUCUCCCGUCUUCACUUUUGCAUCACCUUGCGUUGCUCCUUCAGUUCUCUGCCCUGGAUCAUCACUGUGUAUCUCGCAAAAUCAGCUCUGUGAUGGACAGAGAGACUGCCCCGAUGGUUUUGACGAAAACGGCUGUGCGGUCCAGUGUGAAAACCCAAAUGACUUCUUGUGCAGCAACGAGAAAAAAUGUGUCCCUGGAAUGCAAGUGUGCGACGGCCGAGCCCAGUGUCCCGAUGGCUCUGACGAGAAGCUCUGUCAAUCACCUAAUCCUACUGCCACCUCCUCCAUGAGUGGCUUCGGCACCAGACCAACUCCUCUAAGAUGCCGCAUUGGUUUCAAACGAUGUAAAAAUGGCCAUGAGUGCGUUAUGUACAGCCAUGUGUGUGAUGGGGAGAAGGAUUGCAGCGAUGGCUCAGAUGAAGAGGGAUGUGUGGCUGAUGGUGCAAGUAUGACUACUGACACAGAAACACUCAGCUCAACUGGAUCUCCUUCCAUCAACCUUCACACAGAGCAACCUUGCAUCAGUCCUUCAAUUCUGUGUCCAGAUUCCUCUUUGUGCAUAGAACCAGCACAGGUAUGUGAUGGAAAACAAGACUGCCCCGAUGGCUCCGAUGAGAAGUGCGCGAAGAAGUGUCCUGAUGACAGAGACUUUCUCUGCAAGGACCGAAGGAGCUGUCUCUCCAAGAGUCUGGUCUGUGAUGGACUCUCUCAUUGUCAAGAUGGAUCAGAUGAGCUGAACUGUCCGAGUGCGGCCGCUCCUGCAGCUAAAGAUAAUGUGCUGCAGUGCCAUAGGAAUGCAAAGCUGUGUAGUGAUGGCACAGAGUGUGUUGUACUCAGCCAUGUAUGUGAUGGAGAAAAAGACUGCAUGGAUGGAUCUGAUGAAGAAGGAUGUCAAAAUACCUGCAAAAGAGGUGAGUUUCAGUGUGCACAUGGGAAAAUGUGCAUCCCCGAGGCUCAGGUGUGCGAUGGGAGGUUGCAGUGUCGGGACCAUUCAGAUGAAGCUGACUGCCAGAAGCCGAUCAAGAGCUGUGAGCAUCGCUGUGCUGACGGGAAGCGCUGCAUCCCAAAGAAGUUCCUGUGUGAUGGAGAAAAAGACUGUGUGGAUGGCUCAGAUGAAGUGGGCUGCAAUCAGGCUGCUGCUCCAUCAUCAGAGUCUCCUGUCUUCACUGCAUCACCUUGCGUUGCUCCUUCAGUUCUCUGCCCUAAAUCAUCACUGUGUAUCUCUCAAAAUCAGCUCUGUGAUGGACAGAGAGACUGCCCCGAUGGAUCUGAUGAGAAUGACUGUGCGGUCCAGUGUGUAAACCCAACUGACUUCCUCUGCAAGGACCAUAUGGGCUGUGUCUCCAAGGAUCUGGUCUGUGAUGGACGCCGUCAUUGCCAGGAUGGAUCAGAUGAGCUGAACUGUCCGAGUGUGACCGCUCCUGCAGCUAAAGAUGAUGUGCUGCAGUGCCACAGGAAUGCAAAGCCGUGUAGUGAUGGCACAGAGUGUGUUUUACUCAGCCACGUAUGUGAUGGAGAAAAAGACUGCAUGGAUGGAUCUGAUGAAGAAGGAUGUCCAGGAAUUUGCAAAAAAGGUGAGUUUCAGUGUGCCCAUGGGAAAAUGUGCAUCCCCGAGGCUCAGGUGUGCGAUGGGAGGUUGCAGUGUCGGGACCAUUCAGAUGAAGCUGACUGCCAGAAACCGAUCAAGAGCUGUGAGCAUCGCUGUGCUGACGGGAAGCGCUGCAUCCCAAAGAAGUUCCUGUGUGAUGGAGAAAAAGACUGUGUGGAUGGCUCAGAUGAAGUGGGCUGCAACUACAACACUGCAACAACCAAGGCUCCAGCUUUUCCUUUUGCUUCACCAUGCACUCCUCCUUCAGUUCUCUGCCCUCGAUCCUCACUGUGCAUUGCUAAACAUCAGCUGUGUGAUGGACAAAGAGACUGCCCUGAUGGAUUUGAUGAAAACAGCUGUAUGGUUCAUUGCGAAAACUCAAAUGACUUCUUGUGCAGUGACCACAAACGGUGUAUCCCUGAAAUGCAAGUGUGCGACGGCCGAGCCCAGUGUCCCGAUGGCUCUGACGAGAAGCACUGUCAGUCACCAAAUCCUACUGCCACCUCCUCUGAUGAACUCAGCACCAGAUCGACCCCUCUGAAGUGCCGCAAUGGUUUUAAGCUGUGCGACGACGGCCUGGAGUGCGUCAUGUACAGCCACUUAUGUGAUGGAGAAAAGGACUGCAAGGAUGGGUCAGAUGAAGAGGGAUGUGCUAUUCAGUGUAAAGCAGGUGAGUUCCAGUGUUCUCAUGGGAAAAAAUGCCUCCCACAAGAGCGAGUGUGUGACGGGCAAAAUGACUGUCAGGACCGAUCUGAUGAAACUGACUGCUCAGUUAUGACUGAGGGCUGCCAUCAGCGCUGUGAUAAUAAUACUCGCUGCAUACCAAAGAGCUUCCUGUGUGAUGGAGAGAGAGAUUGUGCUGAUGGGUCAGAUGAAGAAAACUGUGGUUUGGUGUCUUGUGCGGAUCAUCAGUAUCGAUGCGCUAGCGGUCAGUGCGUGUCUGAGGCACUGAGAUGUGACGGAUAUGCCGACUGCAGUGACGGCUCUGAUGAGAUGCACUGCUCGAGGCCCCCACGCUGCCUCACCCAACUCCGAUGCCCACACACUCAUGAGUGUUUGCAGAAAGAGUGGCUCUGCGACGGCGAGGACGACUGUCAGGAUGGUUCAGACGAGAAGAACUGCAAUGCUCCUCCAGCAAAGUGCUUAAAGUUCCAGUGGCAGUGUGGAGACAGCAGUCAGUGUGUUCCUCUGUCCUGGAGGUGUGACGGGAGGAAGGACUGUUACAAUGGCAUCGACGAGGAAAAAUGUAGCCAGAAAAUAUGCCCUUCUCAUCUUUACCAGUGUGGCAGUGGAGAGUGUGUGGACACUAACCUGGUGUGUAAUGGCAUCACUAACUGUGCUGAUGGCUCGGAUGAGGGUGUGAAUUGUGUGCAGCGCAGCUGCUCCAGUCCAUCGGCUCCUUUCUGCGACCACAGCUGUGUCAGCACACCGUAUGGUCCGAAGUGCUACUGUGCUGCGGGUUUCAAACUGAUGCCCAGAGCCACGCACUGUGUGGACAUCGAUGAGUGUACAACAGCACCUCAUGCCGUAUGCAACCACAUUUGUCGGAACACCCGUGGAUCCUACAGCUGUCACUGCCACCCUGGCUUCUACCUGGAGCCUGAUAACAAAAGCUGCAAGACAAAAGAUGAGCCCUUGCUUCUGGCAUCAGUGCAGUCAGACUUGUUCCUGCUGGGAGUCCAUAGCAGCACGCUGCGUCUCCUCACCUCCACCAGUCGACCCGCCUUCUCACUGGAUUAUCACUGGGUUCAACAGAGGAUUUACUGGCUGAGCACUGACUACCAGAGCAUCCGCUGGGUCGACAUGACAAACCCAGAUAACAGAGGAAACCUGGUCAAAGGUGUGAAGUCGGAUUUUAUCGCAGUGGACUGGGUGGGUAAGAAUUUAUACUGGGUGGAUGGCCUGGUUGGUCAAAUUCUGGCAGUGAAACUCAGCAACACCACAGUGAGGUCUCAGGACUGCACUGUGGUCCUGGGAGAAGAUCUGGAGCAGCCAAGCUCCUUGGUUCUGCUGCCACAUAAAGGGCUGAUGCUGUGGUCUGAGAUCGGCAGCACGCCUCAGAUUAAGCAGUCUGGGAUGGAUGGUUCAGAGAGGAAGGUGGUGGUGAGCCACAGUUUGAGCUGGCCGGUCAGUUUGGCCUAUGACCUCCUAGAUAACAGAGUGUACUGGGCAGAUGAGAAGCUGCGCUGCAUUGGCUCAGCCUCUCUGGAUGGAGGCAACAUUAAGAUCCUUCAGUUGGCUGAAACUCCAAACCCUUUCUCAGUGGUGGUCUUCAACGAUCGUGUUUUCUGGUCUGACACAAAGAGAAGAGUCAUACGCUCAGCUGACAAGAACACUGGGAAAGACCAAAAGGUUGUUCUGAAGAGACCGGGACAGCCUUUUGGGUUAAAGCUGAUGCAUGCCCUUUCGCAGCCAGCUGUGCCCAGUCCUUGUGACCAUCUGCGCUGCUCCCAUAUCUGCCUUCUGGCCCCCCCAGUGACGGGCAGAUUUGCAGUAUGUCGAUGCCCGAAGGGCCUGUUGCUUUCAAAGGACAACAUCACCUGCUCUCAGCCCAGGGAUUCCUCUUUCAUUCUGCUCCUGUCUCAAAACACAAUCUACCAGAUUUACCUGCGCUCCUUGCGAAGGGAUGGCGUCGCCCUGAAAAAAAUGCCAAACAGCAGAGUCUUGGCUCUCCCAGAUGUAAACGAAGCCAUGGGGCUAGAUAUCUCCACCCAGGAGUUGUAUGUGGCUUAUGUGGGAUCUGUGGAUGUUCUGAAAAUGGGCAGCUACCGAUCAAGACAAGGACUCACACCUGCGGGACAAGUCCUAAAGCUGAAGGAUGAUUCAGUCACAGCUCUGGCAGUUGACUGGGUGACCUCUAACCUCUACUGGAGCAGCCGCUCGAGGCCCAACAUCCAUGUGACAUCCCGCAAUGGUGGCUACACCAUGUCCCUCCUGCAGGGAUCACUGACGGUUACCACAUCCAUCGCGUUACAUCCCUUCUCAGGUCGACUUUGCUACACAGCAGUGGUCAUGGCAGGUGGGAGGACCCAGACGGAGGUGGUCUGUGCCUGGAUGGAUGGCCGUAACAAAGCAGUGCUGUGGGGAAAGUCGAGGAUCCCCAACUCCCUGGUGUUCAUUAAUAAUGGUAGCAGAAUCUACUGGGCUGACACUGAUGCAGGAGUGAUCAGCUCCAUUGGAGUGGAUGGUUCAGGAUAUAAACAGUUUAAGGCAGGACCCAUUAUUUCCUUUACAUACACCGAGAACAUCCUGUUCUGGGUCACACAGGGAAAGGAUGUGACCAAACUGUGGUUCAGUGAUGGCCUCCAGUCUAAACAGUUGUGGUUUGAGACAAAGACCAGCGUGGUGGAAGUCAGAGCUUACAGCAAUGACAGCCAGUCUGGAAGCAAUAGCUGCUCCAAAAACAAUGGCGGGUGUGUCCAUCUGUGCUUGGCCUAUCCCGGAGGCCGGACGUGUAAAUGUGGGCGUGGCUUCUACAGCAUAAAUGUAACUUCUUGUGCCCCAAUCCCCUCCUGUGACCCUGGAGAAGAAUCCUGCUUUGACCGCAGCAAGUGCAUCAGCAGCAGCAAGUUCUGUGAUGGACAGGUUGACUGCCCGGACCAGUCAGACGAACAGGACUGUCCAGCUUCAAAUGCUACCUCAUUUGGAACUAAAGCCACUGAUGGCCACCCUCUGGAUUCGUUGUCAUCAUCUUCCUACCCGUCUCCCCCCAAUGUUGAGAAGAACUCGGUUAAAAAAUCUGCAUCCUGUGAUCUGCAACGCUGCAAGGGUCGCGGGAACUGCAUCGCGGAGGGUAAAGUCACUCGCUGCCAGUGUCUGUCUGGUUACAAAGGAGAGUUCUGUCAAGAGGAAGAAAGGCAAAGCCACGUGGGCGUGAUCCUGGGUGUCUUCUGCGUCAUUGCAGCGCUGAUAGUCGCCGGCUUUAUUUUCACUAAAAGGAGAGGAUGGGAGCUCAUCAGAAGCAGAUCCACAGACAAAGAAAAUCUCAUGUCCAACAUGGCUCUAUCGAGUGAUCUGGAGUCUGACUCUGAGGAGGUAGACUCCCCAGCUGACGUGAACCCCCGAGCACAGCUCGAUUAGACCACUCUACACUGAUGGAUGAUGCUGCACUAGCUGUUGUGUUAGCUAUACAACAACCUGGAAGUUAUCAGGUGUCACAUGUAAUUUGUGAGAAUGCAUUUCAGUGCCUAUCAAAACACUGGAAAAAAAGAUUGCUGUUUUAUAGCAUAUAGCACAAAAGUCCUCACUAUUAGCAGCUGCUCUCAAACAUUUAACAUUUUCAACAUUCUGAUUGGACAGUUGGGACUAGUUUGGUAUGUUUCAUAACAGUGAGUCAGGAGAAACGACAUGGCUGAGGUGACUCUGUAACAGUGCCCUUUGAAAAAAAUAAAGACUUUAAAUUUCUUGGCA